AUGUACGAGGCCGCCAGCGUGUCCACGCAGCCAGCAGUGCUAUCAGUUCAGUGUCAGCUGCAGAUUUCGAGUAGAGAUUUUAUUAAAAAUCUUUUAGUUAAAGUCGACGAUAACACGAUAUCUGAUUCUGCCGUUAAGAAUGGAUCACAGCGCCAAAUUUCGGAAGUGCGGUCUACUUUGAAUCGCGAUACAAAAUUUGGACGAUGGUCAUCGAGCAGGAUUCCUUACCGGCUGGAUUCCUCUUACACUCCUUUUCAAAGAACGGCGAUUCGGGAAGCUAUGAGCCAGAUUUCAUCAGAUGUCAAUAACUGUGUCAGAUUUGCGGAAUUCGACUCGCGCACCGAUAUGGGAGAGGAUUUCUUGCUAAUCACACCGACCGACGACGGAACAUUACAGCAAACUUGCUUUACAUCGCCUGGACGCGAUACAACGCGAGGUGGGCUGGGCCAACCACUUGUUAUGUUUCCCGGAACCGGCGGAUGCAUGGAUUCUAAGCGAGACAUUAUGAAGCUUCUUAGCAAUGCUUUGGGUUUGCGUAAUGAAUUUUCCCGACCAGAUAGAGACAAUUUUAUUUUGGUGCAACCACAAAAUGUAAAAUCAGAGUUCCGUACGCUGGAUCUGUUCCGGAAGUAUCAACCGUCAGAAGUGGAAUACCAGAAUUUUCCCUUCGAUUACCUCUCCAUCACAAUGUAUUCGCAAGAUCGAUUCGCCAUUGAAGGCACCGUCGCCUACAAUCUCAUCAAUCCCGGUGCAUUUGUGGGGAAUCUGCCGCGACUUAGCAAAGGUGACUGUCAAGGCCUGACAGCGCAUUAUGGAUGCAGCUCUCUCUUCUGCUUAGAUCCCUAUGCGGAUGCAAAGGAUAAGAGCAUCACAGCCGACGCUGCAUCCUGGAAUCUGGAUGACUUGAACAAUUUCAGUAUUGCCAAAGAUCUCUUUCACAAACCGAGUAAACCUAAAGCUUCCAGUCGACGGCCAUUUUUGAUUCGACCUAUCGCUAUUUUAUAAUCAUGGACAACCGGCAACAGUUUCAUCAAUUUACUGCUUUUUUGAUCCUUUUAACAGCAACUCAAGUCACAAAAUGUACUAUUUCACCAUUUGCCAGCAAUCCAGUACAUGGCCCAACAGCAUAAAAAUCAAAUA